AUGAACUCUGCCGUGUCUCGCAUCGCCACAAGGAGGUCAUUCUCCAUUCUCUCCGCUGCCCGCUCUGCAGCCCGGUCGAUGGAAACACAUCCCUUCCAGCGACUUUCUAUUGCACAAAAGUCCGCCAAGGCCGACUGGGUCGCUGAGGGGAAACGUGUUGGCAAGCAGGCCGCCAUUUUCUUCCCUGGCAUCACCAUGCUACUUGGCUGGCCGUACCUCGCCAAGGCUGUUGCCGACGGCCACGUUUGA